CCAAAACAACCUUCUGCUCCACUCGCAUCCGGAUUUCCCGGGAAUCCAGAAGGUUCGCGCGAAAGGCCGAGAGCUCGAGCUCCCCGCCCCGGCACCACAUCCAACCCGAACCUUCCAGACCCCGCGCCUCCCCCGCCCUACGAUCCACAGCGCGGGUUUUUCACGAUCCGGAGCUCCUUGCCCGAGCAAACGACCCGACGCGCGGCGCGAUCGCGACCUCCGCCACAGCUGCAGCGAGAGCUAGCCAAUGGACGUGCUGAAGCGCGAGCUGCAGCGCAAGCGCCAGCUCCUCAACGCCGAUUUCGGCGGCCGCAGGGUCCUCCGCCGCGCCGAGAUCGAGGCCCGCGAGCUCCAGCGCAUCCGCGAGGCCGAGCGCCAGCUCCUCCUCCAAAAGCAGCUCAGGCAUUCCCGCCUGGCAGCGGUGUCCUCCCCUUCCUCGAGCUCCUCCUCGCCCACCUCCGCACCCGCCGACGCCGACGCGUCGCGGGCAGAGAGCGGGUCCGAGGAGUCGCUCCCGAGGGAGGAGGUCAUCCGACGCUUGCGCGUGCUGCGGCAGCCGGCCACGCUCUUUGGCGAGGACGACGUCGCGCGCCUCCGCCGCCUCCGGGACCUGAUCGAGGACCCCGCCGCGCUCGCCGACGUCGAUGAGGCGGAGAUCGGGGAGGGGCAGACCAACGACUUCCUCCGCGACAUCCAGGCGCUGCGUGCCAAGGCUGCGGCCGCGACGAAGCCCAAGGCGGCCGGCGUGGAGGCCCAGCGUGGGGAGGGCGACGACGGCGUACCGGGAGAUGUGCCGUUCGAGGAGCUCUGCGACGAGGACAAGAUCACCGCGUUCUUCAGGAGGCUGAUGGGCGAGUGGACUCAGGAGGUGGACGGUAUGCCGGAGGCGGAACGGCGGACGGCGAAAGGGAAGGCCGCGGUAGCCACCUGCAAGCAGUGCGCGCGAUACCUCGACCCGCUCUUCAAGCAGUGCAAGAAGAAGGCUCUCCCUCCUGAUAUCCGACAAGCAUUGCUGGAGGUGGUCAAGUGCUGUAUGAGACGAGACUACUUGUCCGCAGUGGACAACUAUAUCAAGCUAGCGAUAGGCAACUCGCCAUGGCCAAUUGGUGUGACCAUGGUUGGUAUUCAUGAGCGAUCGGCUCGCGAAAAGAUCUACACAAACAGCGUGGCUCACAUCAUGAAUGAUGAGACGACCAGAAAGUACCUGCAAUCUGUGAAGAGGCUCAUUACAUUCUGCCAGAGGAAGUACCCCACUGAUCCAUCAAGGUCGGUAGAGUUCAACAGCCUGGCAAAUGGCAGUGAUCUGCAGUCUCUCCUGGCGCAGCAAAACGCGAAGAAUUCAGAAGAAACGCUUCGGUUAGUGGCUGCGUCAUGACAAGGUUGGAUUAGAUUUGUGCUCGGAAUUCUGGGCAAGUUCGAUUCUUGUGGGAUUUGUGAUUCGAAUUAGUACUUAUUUGUAAGAACCUGAAUUGCAUGUCCGGCCGUUCUGCCUUGCUGGACCGUGGAACCUAAUCAAAACUGGAGCGUACUGAUUCUCUCUUAA